AGGUGACUAGAAACAGCUUGGAAAGAUGGCGAGGAAGAGUUGCAAGGGGUUGGUAGGGGUAAUGGUGAUGAUGGUGGUGGCUCUGCUGCUGGAGUUGGGUUCAGCACAGGGCCCUCCGCAGCCAAGGACGAUUGUGACCCCUCGGUUCUACAAUCGCCUCCUCGCUGCCGUUCCCAGCCGGUGCCCCGGGAAGCGUUUGUAUACGUACAAUGCCUUCAUUCUUGCUGCCGAGAGCUUCGCCGGCUUCGGUACCACCGGCACCAUCGUCACCAGGAAGAGGGAGAUGGCCGCUUUCCUUGCCAAUGUGAUGCACGAGACUGGAAGUUUGUGCUACACUAGAGAAAUAAGGCCUCAAUCAAGAUACUGCAGUCCAAGUGCAAGGCAGUAUCCGUGUCUGCCAGGCAGGAGCUACUAUGGCAGAGGCCCCCUUCAGCUUACUUGGAACUACAACUAUGGUGCAGCAGGACGAUAUCUAAGCUUGAAUCUACUGAGAAACCCUGACCUCGUAGCUCUGGACGGGACUGUGUCCUUCAAGACGGCGGUCUGGUUCUGGAUGGAGAACAGCAGGUGCCACAGCGGGAUCACCACCGGCCGUGGAUUCGGGUCCACCAUCAGGGCCAUCAACGGCGGCGAAUGCGGAGGAGGAAGGCCAGAUGCUGUGAGGAGCAGAGUUGAGUUCUAUCUCAGGUUCUGCAGGGAGUUUGGUGUGACUCCCGGACCGAACAUUUAUUGCUGAUCGACUUGAAAAUAAUGGAGAAGCGGUGGGGCGGUUGGCAGCAGCUGCACUUGCUACUCAUCCUUACGUUCAUAUUUGUGUGAACUUAUAUUACUGAAAUAAAUAAAGCCGUAUGUAAUAAAUGACUCCUCCUGUAGGGGUACUCUCUAAAUAAA